AAGCGCGUGAGACACCAACAACUUUCUAGAACUCUCUCUUACCAACAGAUAAAACCUAUUCUGACGGCUCUAGGGUUUUAUCUUCUAGACUCCUCCUGCUAAUCAGCGCAAGUACCACAGCGUUACUCAACUCUUUCUUCCUCCCAAUCCCAUCAUCUGAGAAAUGGCCACAGCUCAGCUCACAGCGUCCUCAAUUUCAGUUUCAGUCCGGAGCUUGGCAUCUUUUGAGGGGUUGAGACCGUCCACAGUCAAGUUCGCAUCUUUCGGGACAUUGAAGGCUGGUGGCGCACCCCAACGAUCGUUUCGGGGCUUGGUCGUGAAAGCUGCUACUGUGGUUGCUCCUAAGUACACUGGGAUUAAGCCUUUGGGUGAUAGAGUGCUAGUGAAGAUUAAGGUUGCAGAAGAGAAGACUGAUGGUGGGAUCUUACUUCCAACCUCUGCACAAACAAAGCCUCAAGGAGGUGAGGUUGUUGCUGUUGGAGAGGGGAGGACAAUUGGGAACACCAAAUUGGACAUUUCCAUCAAGACUGGCACCCAGGUUGUUUAUUCCAAGUAUGCAGGGACUGAGGUGGAGUUCAAUGGUUCAAGUCAUCUUAUAUUGAAGGAGGAUGAUAUUGUCGGUAUACUCGAGACAGAUGAUAUCAAAGAUCUCAAGCCUUUGAAUGAUAGAGUGUUUAUAAAGGUGGCUGAGGCUGAGGAGAAAACUGCAGGAGGCUUGUUACUGACAGAGGCAGCCAAAGAGAAACCUUCCAUUGGCACCAUAGUAGCAGUUGGGCCUGGGACAAUUGAUGAGGAAGGCAACGGGAAACCCCUGUCUGUCUCCCCAGGGAACACAGUUUUGUACUCAAAGUAUGCAGGGAAUGACUUCAAGGGCAAUGAUGGGACCAACUACAUUGCACUAAGGGUUUCUGAUGUGAUGGCAGUGCUUUCAUAGUCAUCUCUCAUUUUCGACGUUUUGAUGUAUCUCUGAAUUUUGUGGUUGAGCUGCCUCAAGGCAUUGUGGAUUAUAAAUUAGUACUUGAGCAUAAAUUGAUUACUGCUCCACUGUUAUGAGUGGAAUUAUAACGUAAAUUUCUUUUUUGAA